GACAAUACUAUUAAGAAGUAUAAAGCUAGGUGGGUUGCUAAAGGCUUUCUACAAAAGUAUAGUAUAAACUAUAAAGAAACCUUUGCAUCUACUAGCAAGCCUAGCUUAAUUAGGCUACUUCUAUCUAUAUUUGCCUAUUUAGAUUGGGAAAUCUACACAUGGGAUGUAAAGCAAGCGUUCCCUAAUGCAGAUAUAGAUAUAGAUAACAUCUAUACGCAACUGCCUAUAGGCCUAGAAAAGUACAUACUACAACGAGCUAAAGAAGAGACUACAGAUAAAGAUCUUCUAAAAUCUAUUUGUACUGCUAUAGAAGAUAAGAACUACUCUACUAUAGUAUGCAAGUUAAACAAAGCUCUGUAUGGCUUGAAACAAGCUAGAUUUAGUAGUCUAAGAAUAGAUACUAGUAUAUUUGUGCACAAGGACAAGCCUAUAGUCCUAGCAACACAUGUAGAUAAUAUACUAGUAUUUGCAAAAGAUAUAAGCCUUGUACAGAGUCUCUAUAAAGACCUAACUACUACUUCUAAAUUAGAAGUUACAAAUCUAGGCGAGAUUAGAGAGUUCCUUGGUGUAGAGAUAAUUAGGGAUAGAAAGAAGAAGUCUCUAAUUAUAACACAAAGGAACUUUAUUGCUAAUAUACUUAAAAAGUAUAAUAAGCAAGAUAACUUGCCUAAAUAUAUACCUCUGCCUAUAGGUAGUCUAAUAUACUUAACAAUCUUUCCUAGGCCUGACCUAGUAUAUAGUGUUAACUACCUUGCUAGGUUUAUGUCUAAUCCUAGUCUAGAGCACUAUAAGUACCUAGACUAUGUCUUUAGUUAUAUUGUUAGGACUAAAGAUCUAGGAUUAGAUCUUACUCUAGAAUCUAAGCAGUCUGCUAGGACUUUAAAGCCUAUAAAUUUAGUAGGCAUAUCUGACGCAGAUUGGGGGGGUGAUCUAGAUUCUAGAAGGUCUACUAUAGGCAAUAUAUUUAGCUUAGAAAACGUGGCUAGUAGUAAAUACAUAGCUAUUAGCUGGCUUUCUAAACUACAAAAAAUAGUAGCUCUUAGUUCUGCAGAAGCAGAAUAUAUGUCCUUAAAGGAAGCUACUAAAGAAAGCUUAUAUCUACAAAAUGUUAUAAAGGAGCUGUUUAUUAAUAGCUCUACUAAAGACUACUCUAUAUUUAAUAAACUUAAUGUUAUUAAAACAGAUAGUCUUAGUGCUAUAGAACUAGCUAAAAACCCUAUCUAUCAUGCUAGGACUAAGCACGUAGAUAUAACUUAUCAUUUUGUUAGAGAAAACCUGCUAAGCUAA